AUGAUCCGAAAGGAGGUGUUUGUGUCGGAAGCUGUUAUGAGGGAGUGCAAACGGAUUAUCGCGGAGAGCGAGGGUUUUCUACUAUUUGGUGCAGGAUCUGAAGUGUCUAGUUUUCUCGUUAAUAGUUCUUCAUUUCAAGAUCAAGCCAAUUUAGCUGUAAGGCAUAUCAUAAUCAGUCGUUUUUUCCUUAAUGCUAAGCUGGUCUUUGUGGGCCUAACAUCUCUACUAGCAGAACUCAGUCCUGCGCUGGGACUACACUAA